ACGGCUUAGCAAUUAAAUUUCCUACGUUUACCUUGAAUACUGCCUUUAUGUCACAUUAUUAUAAAGAUACACAAAUGAAAAUUUAUAAAUGCUUCUUUAUUUAAAGAAAUAGGUAAAUCUAUUACGAAAUUGAAGCUACAUCUAGUACAAAAGCAAAAUGUCUGUAUAGAAAACCACUUAUAACUGCAGCUCGGGACUCGGUCGGAUGAUCAUAGCCGUCGCGUCACAGGUCACAGUUACAGAAUAGAAUCGCGUCGACAUUUCGCUAUAGUGCACCGUACGAAACCGGUAAUAAUAGCAGCAGUGUGUUCUUUGUUGCCAUCGUGUAUACGUUUUUUAAAUAUUCUAAUAAUGUCGAACGAGCCGAAAGGUAAAAAACGACCUUUCCCUUUCGCUGAUAAAGUACGCAAAUUUAUUGCCGACUUUGAGGACCUGCAAUACGAUGGUGCUAAAAUUGUGUGCACAAUUUGCGAUAGUGACUUAAUGUGCUGGGAUAAAUAUGAUUGUAUAAAACAUGUAAACAGUCAACAUCACAGAGACAAAAAACAGGGUGUGCCUUCCAAAUUUCAACUGAUGGUCGAUUUAUUGCUUAUGCUGGUUGCCUGUAACGUGCCGCUAAGUAUAUUGGAUAAACAACCAUUCCGGGAGUUCUGGAAGAAAUACGCUCCCGAGUUGCAUUUACCCAGUACCAGAAGUAUAAACACGUAUUUGCCAGAGGUGCGUAAGGACGUAAUAGAUAAAAUCAAAUGCGGUGUAAAAAAUAAACAGUUGUGGUUAUGUGUGGACGAGACGACAGACAUAAAAAAAAUUUCUGUAGUGAACAUUAUAAUACGAAUAUUAGACUCUUUACAUCCAGCAUCUCCGUUACUACUAGCUAGCAGAAGACUAACCAAGUGUACUGCACGUACAAUUACUCGGGUGGUGCUGGAUACACUUGAACAAUUUGAAAUAUCCGCAAGCCAAGUUUUAUUGUUUGUAACCGAUGGUGCCGCGUCAAUGCGUUUAGUAGGCCGUUCUCUGCAGGAACACGGCUGUAGAUUUUUACAUAUUACGUGUAAAAUACAUGCACUACACCUGGUAGCGGAAACUGUUCGAAACUGUUUUCCAGGGGUAGAUACAUUAAUAACCAGCACAAACAAGGUGUUUCUUAAAUCGCCCAAACGACUUCGCGCAUUUCACGACAAGUGUCCAGAUAUUCCAGAACCCCCACAGUCGAUUCUUACACAUUGGGGAACAUGGCUGAAAGCAGCUUUUUAUUAUGCUGUAUAUUUCCAGCAAAUAAAGACUGUAAUACUACAGUUCAAGCCGGAUGAGGCUGCAGCUAUUAAGGAGAGCCAGACACAAUUUCAAGACAUUUCUGUAGAAAAUGAUUUACAAACUAUUCACAAUAAUUAUAAAGGACUUCACGACGCGAUAGAGAAAUUACAAAACAGUGCGUUGUCAUUAGCCGAGUCGCUGCAAAUAGUGGACGACAUCGGUUCGACUUUACAUGCGAUAAAAGACGUAAAAAAUGACUGCGUUGUAGAAAAGUGGGAAAGUGUAUUAAAGAAAAAUAGUGAUUUUAUUAAAUUGAGGGAAAUUUGGGGAGGAGCUUCUACCGACACGUUAAGUGAAUGCAGAGAGUAUUUUAAUUAUGCCUGUGUUACGUCGGUAGAUGUCGAACAUUCUUUUUCACAAUAUAACCACAUUUUUUCAUCAAAGCGCACGUGUCUGCUGGAGGAAACUGUGGAAACCUAUUUGAUGUUGCAAAAUAUUAGAAAGUGGUGUCCAGUGUCUCUGGGUGAUAAUACUGAUAAUACGAGUGAUAAUAAUAAAGCUACUUCAUCUCGUACUUCAUAAUCCCAGUUAAAUGGGAAACAGGAGAAACUACCCAAAAAUUGGCGAAAUCGGUUUAUCCGACAUACACAACACAAAACCAGGUCAUAGAUUGACAUACUUAUUUUUGUUACAAGAAUGAUAUACAGUGUAUUCAAAAAUUUAUGUAAAAUUGGUCAUUUUUUAAAAAAUUUUAUGUUUAAUGACAUAACAACAAUGACAUCACUUGCGAUUUUUUUAAAUGAAAAGAGAUCUUUUUUAUAUUAUUUUCAAAAGAAAGGUUUUUGAAAAUUGCCCAAAAUAGUAUAAAAACCGGAGAUGUUCCAAAAUUUCUAUUCGCAUCUCCAAAUACGAAAUAAACGAGAAAUAUUAAAACAGAUUACUUACUACGUUUCAAUGUUUUUAACAAUUGUUAUAAAAGAAGAGUAAAACUUAUUUUAUUUAUAAAAUAAAUUUUACUUUGAUAAAAAUAUG